CUUCCGGCAGCACCGGUUGCACAGUGGACACAGAGUGAGACUUCAGCAGCUCCCCAAAAUCGGGAGAAAGUCCGAAGAACAUCGAAAUAAGAUUGUGAUGAUUCUCACAAAUGGACGACAUCAACCUCCAUUAUCGCUUUUUGAACUGGAGAAGGCGAAUACGAGAAAUUCGUGAAGUACGACCAGUGCGCUACCGAGAACGCCUGAAAAGAAUGCUGAGGGAUGGUGAUGUGCUGAGGUACCAUGGGAAUUCAGAUGAAGUUGGCUGUUUUGUGGCGGCGAGGCCAUUGUCAAAGAGAAGUCGCUAUUUUGAGGUCACAAUCGUUGAUACGGGAGUGAGGGGGAUGAUUGCUGUUGGUUUAGUGCCUCAGCUCUACAAGCUGGACCAUCAGCCGGGCUGGCUCCCAAAUUCUGUGGCUUUCCAUGCAGAUGAUGGCAAGCUCUACAACGGCAACACUGUAGGACAACAAUUUGGUCCUAAAUGCUGCAGAGGGGACCGAAUUGGCUGUGGAAUAUCCCUGGACUCUGAUGAUGGACAGUUGACUGUGUUUUUUACCAAGAAUGGUAAAGAAGUUGGCAGCUUGGACAUGCCAGCAGCUGAAGCUCUCUACCCUGCGGUCGGAAUGCACUCGCUGGGGGAGGAAGUACUGCUGGACCUGCAUGCUGAGUGGGGAAUGGAAGAGGAUGACGGACUGAUGAUAGUAGACAGCCAUGAAGAUGACUGGGGCCGCCUCCAUGAUAUUAGAGUGUCUGGCACCCUGCUCGAGUACAUGGGCAAAGGGAAGAGCAUUGUUGACGUGGGCUUGGCUCAGGCCCUUCGGCCACUCAACACACGCUUCCACUACUACGAGCUGGAGAUCACAGACGCUGGGGAGAAGUGUUACAUCGCCCUUGGCCUGGCACGCAAGGAUUAUCCGAAAAACAGACAUCCAGGUUGGAGCAGAGGGUCCAUAGCUUAUCAUGCUGAUGACGGGAAGUUGUUCCAGGGCAGCGGAGUCGGCGACGCCUUCGGUCCGCGCUGCUUCGAAGGAGACCUCAUGGGCUGCGGCAUCAUGUUCCCACGUGACUACAGCAACGAGGGCAGAGAUGAUGUGGACGACUGGGACCUGGAAGCGUUUCCACGGCCCAGUGAGGUUCAAAACGACUUGUACGCGGGCAACGACGAGGGGGAGGAGGAGGAGGAGGACGGGGAGGGGGAAGACUUGGAGGGUACCAAGGUCACGGUGUUCUUCACCCGGAACGGAAAUGUGGUGGGACGCAGGGAGGUGGCCUUACCAGCAGGAGGCUUCUACCCCACUAUCGGCAUGAUGAGCACCGGGGAGAAGGUCAAAGUGGACCUGCACCCCCUCAGUGGCUGAACGCCGCCACGGGACUCCAUGAUCCUCAUCGUCAACAGGCUGCUGCACGUUGCUUGUUGAAGUCACGUCAGGAUAGAACUGUGGCCUUCUCAUGCUGUAAGAGUCAAAUAACUUUGAUUCAAAAUGAUCCAAAUGUAUAUUUUUUUGAGGUUGUAAUUCAGGAGUGUCCAAGCUUUUUCCUCCAAGGGCUGUUUAGUGAAAAAUGUAAGGGCCACUUUGACAUCUUCAAUUUAUUUAGCACACACAAUCCAUCAGUGUAGUUAAACAUAUGCAAAGCAAUUCUACAUAUAUUUUUUAUUUAUACUGCAUGAAGUCAAGGAUUUUUCCAGAAUUUGUCUUUAUCCCGCUAGAAUAGAUCCCAACAAGUGAGCACAGUAGAAUUCCGUCUCCACCACUGGAACCAAAUCAAGAGCAUUCUGGACGAAGCUGACCUCGGCGCCGCACCUUACCAAAUGAUGUGUGAUUGGUUGAAAGAGAGAUGACAGGGAACUUCCUCUUCUCUUCUCUUCUCUUCUCUUCUCUUCUCCUGCCUUGCCACCCAGUGUAGAAAUUAUGUAGUACAAUGCAGGCAAACUACAUGGGGCUGUGUCACACAUUAAGUCUAUGCCACAGGCUGGCAAAAAAAAAUGGAUGAUGGGCUGCAAUGACCCCCAGGCUGUAGUUUGGGACACACCUGUUUAAUAGAAUCACACAGUGUGAUGUUGAUUUUCUUUACAAAAAGAAAGAUCGCAAACACAAUUGACACUAUUUCCGCGUUUGCGUGUAUGUUGCCUAACUGUGUGCGCUGCACGUCCCAUAACUGGUGCAUUGCUGACACUUAGUGGUCAGAGUCCUGUAGUGCGGUCAUUGGUUCAGUUCAUGGCCUGCCUGAAAAUGUAAGUCUAUAACGCAGUGUUUCCCAAUCUUUUCUUGAGCCAAGGCACAUAUUGUAUGGCACUCCACCAAACAAAAAUAAUGUAAUGAAAUAGUUUAUGUAAUGAAAUAAUUUACUUCAGACAAAUUUACUUAGUGUGAAAUCUGGGCCUGUUAUUUUUCUGCCAUUUAUUGGAAAAGCAAUUAAAUGUUACACCUGUCAUGAUAUGUCGCUGGCAUGGAUAGAUUGGGAAAAAUACUUUGUCAAAAAGAAUUUUCAGAUAAUUGUAUAAUUUUCUGCAACCUGAUGAUCGCUCACACAAAUGUGCUGGGGCAUAAUGGUUGGGAAACACAUCAUUAUGGCCAUUAACUCUAAUUUUUCCCUCCAAUGAGGUUAAGUCUUUUUUUGGGGGGGGGGGUUUAAUAUGUUACUCAGUACAUGUUGAAACUGUGUUCUUGUUAUCAAACUACAAACUACUUUGAUCAACACUAAAAGAUGUAAUACUGAAAGGGAAUGUUUAAUGGAAGGAUAAUUAAUGACCAAAAACAUGUACAGUUUAAAUGUAUUCUUGACAAUGAAGCCAUAACUAUAAUUUGUUGCUCUCAGGUAUAUUUAAAUAUCAAAACUGAUACUGUUUUUAUUUAUUCGUCACAGAUUUCCAUUGCUUUGAGUCACGUUUUCACUUUUUGGGGGGUGAGUUAAUGCUGUUCUCUAAUAGUUUAGGAUUAUUGUUUGUGACAGUAAGACUUCCAAUGUUCACCUGUACUUCCUUUCAGCACAGUUUUAGUUUCCUGGCCUCGAUUCUAUUCCUCCUCAGAUGGGCACAGAAAGAAUGUUGUGUGCAAUCUCCUCCCACAUGCCAAAAACAUGUAUGCUAGGUUCACUGAACACUAAAUUGAGCCGAGGUGUGAAUUUGGGGUAGGCUCCAUCAUGUGCCCUUCAUUAGCAUAAGCAGCGUAUAUAACGAUUGAAUGCGUGGAUGUUGUCAUAGGAUUACAGGCUUUACAUUGAUGAAUUUUCUUAAAAGUAUCUGCAUCCGAAGAGCCAUUCUGACCAAAGUGCCUGCAUGAAUACUUAAUGUUCUCAGAUCAGCAUGUACUGUGUUUAUUCAAGUCAGUGCCGUUUUUGCAUUAGUAUAAAGAAUGACACAUGGCCAAUGGCGCCUUCCUGCCCUUUUUUCCAUCCUCAGCUGGUGAUUUCAAACCUAAGUGCCUGUCACCAUUACCCAAGCCAUAUAGCUAGCUAUCUUGUGUGAAGCAAUCUGAUACAAGUAAAAAAUUAUCGUUUUAUUUCACCAUUUGGAAUGUGUAGUUUUGACAUUUGCUGGUGCCUUUCAGGUAUGUUGUCAUUUUUUCUAAAAUUAAAGUCUUAUCCUGUA